CGAUUGAUGAUGUUCUAUCACAAUUUUUUGCAACAGAUAUUUUAUUUACAAAGCAGUGUUGUGCUAUAGUUUUAGUUCAGCAGACGAGUGAACUUUUACACUAGGAAUUCGUAGCGAGACUAGGACAGAGUGAGUAGUUAUAUAUUCCCAGCCAAAUUGGUGAUGAGAUUGGUCAGCUUAUUGGUCAUUUAGAUAAACAUGAAAUAAGAUUUACGUUUUGGGAAAGUUUGUCAAGCUCAAGUUGCAAAAUGAGAGUUCUUCUAAUACCCUGUACAUCCUGACCUACGACAAAGCGACAAAAACCUUGUUUAUGACUGAUCACUAUUGUGUAUUGCCUAUUGCACUCUUAGUAUUGAAGACAAGAGACAAAUAAUAACAUAACUGGUCCUCAAAGUUUGUAGGGUGUUGUGGAGCUGGACCCCUGGUAGCAGAAGUAUUGAGUGACACGAUUGCUGAAACAUCUCCACCCUAAACAAUUAUCAUGUCACCAAGAUGGAGGACGUUUUAAUGGAAGAUUUGUCAAAUGUUAGCUUUACUCUGCAGAAAAACAUUGAGGGUUUAAUGGACAAAUCACCAGUCUCACCAGUCAUGAUGGAGGAAGACAACUCUGAAAAAGUUACCUACAACAACCCAACCAUAUUUUGCUGGGGAAACACGGUCAAUGGGGAGUUGGGCUUGGGUGGUCUAGAAGAGGAGCACGUUAGCGAACCAAGGGGGCUGAACUUUUCUACAGGAGGAUGCGUCAAAUCUAUAUCUUGUGGAGAAUCUCAUACCAUAUUUCUACUGGACAAUGGGACUUUGUGGUCUUGUGGGAGCAAUGACCAUGGUCAGCUUGGACAUGACAAGGGUAGGACUAGACCGGAAAAAGUUGAAGGUCUUGAUCACAGCCCUAUCGUAGAAAUCAGUGCUGGUUUCGCGCAUAACCUUGCUGUAGACAAAUGGGGUACAGUGUUUUCUUGGGGCUCCGACUCCCACGGACAACUAGGAGUUCAAAAUGAGAAAAAGGAGGAUAAAUUAGUACGUCGCCCAAGAAUGGUCAAAUCACUUAGCACAAAGGUUGUGGUGCAAGUUGCUGCAGGAUACUUCCAUUCCAUGGUGCUCACCAAUGCUGGGGAGAUAUACACUUGCGGUUCAAAUAGCCAUGGACAGCUAGGUUUGGGUUAUGCUAAUGGUCCAAGCCAAACAAAAUUUUGUUUAGUGGAAAUGCUCAUAGGAUUCCCAUCUGCAUUAAUAACUGCUGGCGGAUUUCAUUCUUUCGCAUUGAGCGUGUCUGGAUCGGUUUAUGGCUGGGGCAAAAAUUCAUGUGGUCAACUCGGAGUCAGCGACACGGACGACAAAUGUCAACCAACUCAACUAGCCACCCUGAGGUCAUUAGGAGUAUGUUACAUAACGGCUGGCUCGGAACACUCUGCUUUCUUAACUCAAGAUGGUGGAGUCUUCACCUGUGGAAGUGGAGCUUAUGGUCAGUUGGGCCAUGGUGGCGCGUCUAAUGAAGUGUUACCUCGUAAAAUCUUGGACUUUGGGAAGUGUGUAACACAAGUAGCAUGUGGAAGGUGCCAUACACUAUGCUGGACAAAUGAUAAACUGUACUCAUUCGGGUUGAAUUCAAGUGGUCAGCUGGGAUUUACCAGUGGGAAUAAGAAUACGCCAUUUUAUGUGCCUUCAUUGCCAUUUGUGGUUGACUGUAUUUAUGCGGGAGGUGACCAUAGUAUGGUCAUGGUCAGUAUUCACGGGCUUCCAUCAGCAUCAGUUAAGGAAAAUGGAGUGGUUCAGCAGAGUUGUGACUAUCGUCAAUUUGGUGGACGACAACAAAUAAUGACAAUAACCAACAGAAAUAUUACGGAAAUAUGCUCUGCUGAGGAACCUGUUAAUCAAGACUUGAUGACAAUAGCUGAAACAGUGUUUGCUUCUCCGGGUAUUUGGAAUGGUUCAUUUUUGAUGACCAAUAACAGACACAUACCAUCCACAUGGAAGAACAUGGGUGUUGAUCUUUAUGAGGCUGAAGCUGUAUUAUCAAAGCUCAGUAAUAUCAAAUCUGUGGGGUUGCGGGAAUAUGUUGAACAAUGGAUAUUUUCAGAAUUGCUACCAAAGUUGCCUCAUCAAUUGAAACACGUAGAAGUUUUGAGAGUUUAUGUCUUACUUCCUCUCAUACCCAAUUUUUACGCAGGUUCCAAUGUUUUACUUCCAAUCUUUUAUGCAGACAGACUGCAAUCUUUAUCCUCACAAUUAGUGGCAGUUGUUGUGAGAUGGUUAUACUUCUCCCCCAAGGAUCACGUUGUUCGACUUAUAUCAGUAUAUAAGAAAACAAUUGUGUCGAUCCUGGAUGACAAGAAUCAAAGUCAAAAUCAGAAAGAUCAUGCCUUGAAAAUUUGCCUCAGUUUUGUAAGCCUGCUCAACAAUUUGAAUAGGACAUUUUCUCUGUUAUCAUAUCAUACUUUCGCUAUACCUCAGUUAACGUCAAAGGUUGAUGUGCGUCUGGAUUAUUUCAAUUGGCUUCAACGCAAACCGCAGACUCGUGUCUUUUAUUUUUGUGACUUUCCUUUUGUUUUUGAUUCACAAGCGAAAACAUUGUUAUUACAGACUGAUCAGAUACUUCAAAUGCAGACGGCAAUGAAAUCUGCAAUGAACCAAUCGAUAAGUAGCUUAAUGUUUUCGAGUUCUGCUGAUCACCAAGAAGCCCAAUAUUUGGUACUGAACGUUUCAAGAAACAAUCUAGUGAAUGAUGUACUGAACCAAAUUUACACUCUUAAUACCCAUGAUCUGAAAAAGCCAUUGAAGAUUAAGUUCAUUGGCGAAGAGGCUGAGGAUGCUGGCGGAGUGAAAAAGGAGUUUUUCCUUCUACUCAUUCGUGAAAUUCUUGAUCCAAAAUAUGGAAUGUUCAAGCACUUUGAAGAGUCCAGGCUAAUGUGGUUCAAUGAGGGGUCCUUUGAAGAAGAUGUCAUGUAUUUAUUGAUUGGCCUGCUAUGUGGGUUGGCCAUCUAUAAUUUCACAAUUAUCAGUCUUCCUUUUCCUGUUGCGUUGUACAAAAAACUAUUGGAGGAGAAAGUAGACUUACAAGACUUGAAAGAACUAUGUCCUACAGAAGGACGAUCGUUGGAGCAAAUCCAGGGGUACAAAGAGGCAGAUUUUGAAGAGGUUUUCUCCCUUCACUUUGAGAUUACAAGGGAAGAAUUCGGAGAAAUGAAAACGGUUCCGUUGAAACCUGGUGGAUCCAAUAUUACUGUGACCCAGGAAAACAAGAAUGAAUUUGUGGAGCUGUAUUUGUCCUACAUAUUCCAUGUUUCAUGCAGCAGGGGGUUUGAAGCCUUUAAGCAAGGAUUUCAAAGAGUUUGUGGUAGUACUGUGUUGCAGCUAUUCCACGCUCAAGAACUCCAAGCAAUGGUUACUGGAAAUGAAGACUACGAUUGGGGGGAACUUGAACGAAAUUGCACGUAUAAAGGGGGGUACAAAGUGGAUGACCCAACUAUUAAAUUAUUUUGGGAAGUAUUCCACGAAAUGAGUUUGCCAGAAAAGAAACAGUUCCUCUUAUUCUUGACUGGAAGUGAUAGAAUUCCUAUUUUGGGGAUGAAAACAUUGAAGAUGUGCAUUCAACCAACCGGUGACGAGAGGUAUCUACCAGUCGCUCAUACAUGUUUCAAUGUUCUAGACCUUCCAAAAUACCAGACGAAAGAACGCUUAAAGUAUAAGGUGUUACAAGCAAUCCAGCAUAAUGAAGGAUUCUCAUUAGUAUAAUAAUGACGAUGACUAUAGUGCUGUGAUAUUGACAUUUAUCAGUUAUCAUUACCGACGAGUUGAUUUUUUAUGAGCUAGUGCAUUGUACGCCUAAUAAGAACGUGCGUACAUGCAAGCAAACAAAAGACAUGUCUUCUGAAAGUAGAACUGGAUUUGUAGACUGAUCGUACUAUAAAACUCGGGGUUCUUCUGACUGGUGUGAUAUCAUUAAAUUAAACUAUACUAAAGAUAACUCUGUAAUAUUUAAGAUAAUAUUCUACACAAAAAAAUGUGCUUCAUCAUAUAUAUGUACUCAUUAAUAGAUUUGUACUUCAGCUCACAAGCAACUAUAUGUAUGUAUGUGUAUGACGGAUAUUAAACAUUAUUAAACAAGCUCUAAAUAAAAGUCUGGCAAAACAUA